AUGGCGUCUAAUCGAAGAGAGUUUUUCCGAAAAUACUGCCACCCACCGAUGGUUCCAGAAGAGAUACAGAGUCAAAAUAAUCAAGAUAAUGGUUUGGCUUCUACAGCAAAAAGUGAUGAAGGUCCCAGUACAGCAGAACCUGCAAGUCCAUUACAUACACAUGUUAUUAUAACUGACGAAAAUCUAUCUGAGAAAAAUUUAAUGGAUCUGGAAACUUGUCAAAACACCCUUCUCAAAAACGUACAAGAUAAAGUUUCAUCACCUAGCCCUAACAAAGAAGAUUUGCCCUGUUCUUCACAAGUAAGCCCCUCUUUAUAUGAACCUGCAAGUAAACCUAACUAUGAGCCUUUUCCUGGUAAUGAUAGUUCUUGGGACGGAACAGCCGAGUCAGAGUCCGAGAGUGAAGAUAGUUCUAAGAAAAAACGGGUGGAGAUUGGAACUGUUAAUGAAAAUUUUAGGAAAAAGAAAAAACCAGUAAACAAAGCUAAAGAGCGUAAGGCACGAAGAGAUCGAGGGAAAGAAUAUGUUUUGAAAAAAGGUACCAAGGUCAGACCAAGAGCAGUUAAGGAAAAUCCUUGUGUCCAGAAAAAAUGUAUAAAUGGAUGCGAUAUGAUUACCGACGAAAGACGACAACAAAUUUUCCAACAUUACUGGAGUUUGAAUGCAGACAAUAGGCGUGACUGGUGUGGAACAAGGGAAGGGUUUUGCUAG